CCCGCAUCCCCCAGCGCGUCCAUCUGUCCCUUGUGUCUCCCCAACCCCGUGUCCGUCUGUCCCCGAUGGCUCCGCGGGGCCCAGCGACGCCGUGAGCGGGGUGCAGGAUGAGCUCGUGCAGCUCGCGGGCGUUGACGCUGCUGAGCAGCGUGUUCGGGGCGUGCGGGCUGCUGCUGGUGGGCAUCGCCGUCAGCACCGACUACUGGCUCUACAUGGAGGAGGGGGUGGUGCUGCCGCAGAACCAGAGCACGCAGGUGCGCAUGGCGCUGCACGCCGUCUGGCGCGUCUGCUUCUUCGCCGGCCGUGAGAAGGGUCGCUGCGUCGCCUCCGAGUAUUUCCUGGAGCCCGAGAUCAACCUGGUGACGGAGAACACCGAGAACAUCCUCAAGACGGUGCGGACGGCCACCCCGUUCCCCAUGGUCAGCCUGUUCCUCGUCUUCACGGCCUUCGUCAUCAGCAACGUGGGGCACAUCCGGCCCCAGCGCACGCUGCUGGCCUUCGUCUCCGGCAUCUUCUUCAUCCUCUCCGGGCUGUCGCUGGUGGUGGGGCUGGUGCUGUACAUCUCCAGCAUCAACGACGAGGUGAUGAACCGGCCCAGCGGCUCGGACCAGUACUUCCAGUACCGCUACGGCUGGAGCUUCGCCUUCGCCGCCUCCUCCUUCCUGCUCAAAGAGGGCGCGGGGGUGAUGUCGGUGUACCUGUUCACCAAGCGCUACGCGGAGGAGGAGCUGUACCGGGCCCCCCCGGGGCUGCUGCGGCCCCGGCUCAGCGCCUGCUCGGGGCUGUCGGGCCAGUUCCUGCAGCCGCGCGCCUGGCCCCGCCCCCGCAGCGCGUCCGACGCCUCGUCCGAGCUGUCAAUCAGGAUGACGCAGAGCUACCCCCCCGCCAUCCAGUACCCGCGGGGGGGGCACCUGUCGACGUCACCCUGCUAGGGGACAGGGGACACGGGGACAUGGGGGUCAUGGGGACAUCAGGGGUGAUGGGGACAUG